GGGGCAAAUCCUCUCCCUCGCCAAGCUGACAGCGGUGCUUUGGAUGCAGCCCAGGACACGCUUGGCUUUCCGGACUGCGAGGGCAUGUCGCUGGCUCACGCGCAGCUGCCAUCCAGAAGCACCGCCAAGCCUUUUUCGGCAGAGCCGUGUUCCGAUCCUUCCUAUCCCAGGUCUCCUACUCGUUGCCUAUGGAGGCUGGAAGUCCAUGCAGUUAACCCUCCGCCGUGCCACGCCAGGAUGUCGCAGCCCUCAGGUGAGGGGGAGGUGCCGCCAUCGGCCCACGGGGGCGGCGCAGCGCGGCGCCUCAUAGGCGGUGUGCGAGCGGCUGCCCCGCCCUCCCUGACCAUGGACUACGCGGGGCUCGCCGAGUCGGCGGCCGACAAGAUGGGGCUGUACCGGCGGGACGCGGACGGCUGGCGGAGCUGCCGCCGCACGAACGAGGUCGCGGUGUCCUGGAGGCCGUCCGCCGAGUUCGCCGGCAACGUGUACCGCGCCGAGGGCACCGUGGCCGCCCGCCCGCAGCAGGUCUGGGAGUGCAUCAAGCCGGUGGCCGGAGGGCUCAGGACCCAGUGGGACCAGAACGUGAAGGACUUCGAGGUGGUGGAGGCUGUCAGCGAUGCUGUCUCUGUAUGCAGAACUACAACCCCUUCAGCUUUCAUGAAGAUUAUUUCACCAAGAGAAUUUGUGGAUGUGAUCUUAAUGAGGCAAUAUGAGGAUGGGACGAUGCUAUCUGCUGCUACCAAUGUGGAACACCCACUGUGUCCCCCUCAAGCAAAUUUUGUGAGAGGGUAUAAUUAUCCCUGUGGCUGCUUCUGCAUACCAAUUCCAGGGGAACCAGACAGGACUCAGCUCCUCAGUUUCUUUCAGACCGAUCUUGGUGGCUAUCUUCCCCAGACUGUCGUGGAUUCUUUCUUUCCAGCUAACAUAGCUGGAUUUUACAGCAAUCUGACCAAAGCUGUUAAGGCAUUAAAAGCAUGAUGAGACCAAAUGCUGACAUCACCAGCUGAGCGUAGGAAAUGAACUGGCAGUUUGAGGGUAGUGAUCAUGAGAAGUAGGAAGUUGGCCAGUAACACUUUUCUGCUGACAAAGAUCCUCGGUAAACGUGAAAUUGUUCAAAGUAAUGCAUACUUUUCUAAUAGGAUAUCCUUCAUUUCUAUAAUUAGAAGAUGUCACACUAGAGGCAAGAAGAAUCCUGCAGGCAGCACUGCUGGCUUUCUGUGGGAGACAAAUAUACUAGAUCUGUUCUUCAUCAGAGUCUAUGAUUAUAGCAUAAAAUCCACUCUACCAGCAUUAGUCAGGUGCAAGCGAAACAGUUUCUCUGAAGCUCUGUGCAGACUCCCAUGGAACAAUGUUCCUUAACAGACAAAUAGGUGGCUCUUCUGAUGCCAGCCCUCACAGAGCUGCUAGGAUGUUUCAGAAAAGUCAGAAUUAAUUGGAUUGUGUGUAGGAUCCCAAUUGUUUGUUCCCACAGACGUAGAUAUUUGUGGUAAAUAUAAGUUAAGUGCUGCUUUUCCUAAAUCAAAGUCUAGCAAUGCAAAUCAAUUAAUAGGUCUGUGGGUUGGCUUGUAGACACUUUUCUUUCUUCCCCUCUGUACCAUGACAGUCAUUUCCACAGCAUCAAACCAAACUGCGCUGAUAGAGUGGCAAUAAAGAGGAUUAAGCACUUUACUUGCCUUGUUUUUUUUAACUGCACUUGAAAUACUCAGGUAUUUCAAACACUUUUCAGCUUCUUGUAGUGAGAGGUCUCAACAGGUAAACAGUCAUUUCUGUAGCUCAGUCAUGACUUGGCAGGCCAUCUCUUUAAUACUCUCUUUAAUACUUACCUGACAGCACUGACUUGGGAAAUCAGCUCCUGAUCAAGCGUGUUGUGAUAUGUGCAGCUUUUAAAAAUAUGUACGGUGCUGGUUACCGUGGGAAUGUCAGACAUUGCUAUGGGUUACAUAGAAUCACAAAAGGAAAAUUAAUUACUGUAUUAGCAAUUGGUAGGUUGUGAUUUUAAUGCUUUAACUUGGUUAUUUAACAAAGUUAAUAUGCUCUGCUCUUUAUCCGUGUAUUUGUGUUAUGUUGGUGUGGGGCAUAGGUUUGCAUACAAAGUGUUCUACUGUAAUUCUCACCUUGUGGAAUAGAUUUUUUUAGGGAAGCAGUUUUUAAUUCAGUCCUUUUUAUGUACAAAGAUGUAAAAACUUCUAUGAGGGUGAUGAAAUAAAUAUUUUUUUCUGCUGUA